AUGUCCGUCAGCACAUUCGGACCAUGGGACUGCGCCGUGUUUGCACUGAUGCUGACUGCUUCCAUAGGUAUCGGGGUUUACUACGCCGUUGCCUCUCGCAAACGACGCAGUACAUCCGAAUAUUUCGUCGCGGGCCAGUCCAUGUCGUACAUCCCAGUGGCGUUGUCUCUGAUAGCGACGUUUGAGUCGUCGGUGAUGAUACUGGGGACACCAGCCGAGUCCUACGCAUAUGGCAUCCAGUGGAUACUUGGGGAACUUGGCAGCCUGACAGCGAUGCUGAUCGAAAUCUCCUUAGUCCUCGUGUUCAUCCGGAGACUGAAGCUGUCUACUCCUUAUGAGCUGCAAUACACGAGCAUUGUCAUGUACGGCCAGGCAAUCGCAUUACAAGCAGUGACUGGGUUCUCAAUGUAUUCUUCAAUAAUGGUAACGGCUGGAGCUGUUGUCUUUUAUACAACCCUGGGUGGUUUCAAGGCUGUUAUCUGGACUGAUGUUUUACAGUGCAUCAUCAUGCUGAUUGGGCUUUUUGCAGUGUCAAUAAAGGGAACUAUCGAAGCUGGAGGCAUAUCGGAGGUUUGGGGACGAGCCGCUGAAUCUGGUAGGCUGGACUUCAGUUUAGAUCCUGAUCCGACCAUACGCCACACGGUAUGGAAUCUCUACUUUGGCCAGCUCCUUGGAGGCUUUGGCUUUCUGUUUAAUCCUGCUGUGUUGCAAAGGAUCUCGUCAACCAAGUCCACCAAAGACAGCAGCAGGCGAGUCCAAGCCAUUGACUUGACAUGCGAUAACCGUGACGGCCGUAGAAAGUGCUGA